AUGACAUGCAUUGAGAAUUUAUCUUCUGGAGCUUGUCUCCUCUUGAAUGUGCAUUCCCUUGCCAUCGCCUCGAUACUCAGAGCCUGGUUAGACCAAUGCUCGGAAGAUUUCCAAGAACCACCCCAUUUCCUUUGCUUGCAGAAACUUCUGGAUUAUCUGGCCAGGAUCAUGCCAGGCUCAGAUCCUGAAAGAAGGGCACAGCAACUCUUGGAGCAGUUUCAGAAGCAAGAAGUAGUAAACAACAGUGAGAUUCAUGAUAUAUUUGCAACUGAAGAAGAAACAAAGAUUAGUGGAGCAGAAGAAUUUUCUUCUUUCCCAGAAGAUCUGGUAGCAGAACAGUUAACUUACAUGGACGCA